UGCUCGGUGCUUGGUGACACAGCUCCUUCAGCCAAUUAACGUCUUGGUUCCCGGGAGCCGGGCGUGCCUCCGUUACCGUGGUAGCGGGAGAGUGCGGCGGAGCGACACAUAGAGGGGGGGUCACCAUGGAGGAUGUGGAAGAAACGUACUCGGCUGACGACUUUAAGCCCUGCAAAAUCUGCGGUAGAACUUUUCUUCCGAAUGCUUUGAGAAAACAUCUCCCAGUAUGCCAGAAAACCUUAAGUAAAAAAAGGAAAGUAUUUGACUCCAGCAGACAGCGAGCAGAAGGGACAGACAUUUCCACUAUCAAACCCAUAAAGCAAAGGCUGGAACCUCCAAAGAAGCAAUCCAACUGGAGAAGGAAGCACGAGGACUUUAUCGCCACUAUAAGAGCUGCUAAAGGUCUUACUCAAAUUUUAAAAGAAGGAGGAGACCUUCCGCCACCGCCUCCACCUUCAUAUGACCCAGACUAUGUUCAGUGCCCGUACUGUCAGCGGAGGUUUAAUGAGAAAUCUGCAGACCGGCACAUCGGCUUCUGCAAGGAACAGGCAGCUCGCAUAACCAAUAAAGGCAAACUUGGUGGAGAUACAAAGGCGAAACCAGCUGCUCGGACUCCGUUGAAGCCCCCUUCACUCAAGAAGACUAAUUCCCCGGCCUCCGUGACCACAACAAAUUCCCGCUUGCCUCAGCCACCUAACUUGGGUAAAGCGGCUUCAGGUAUACCCUCCGGAAAGCCUGCAGCAAGCGCUGCAGGGACAGGGAACCGUCUGCAGACAUUUUCUCCAGCCCAUAAAAAUUCAGCCAUAUCAAGUUCUCAGACUGGUAAAGUGGGUACACUAGGCCCACCCCUGCGGACAGGAAGAGAUUCACAAAGAUUGCACGAGAGUGACACAAAAACAGGCAGUUCCAUCCCGAGAUCUAAUGAAUUACUUCCCAUGAGCAAGGGGUCAUUAAAGUCAAGUACACCGCCCAGCAUGGCAAGAAACCCAACCUCCGUUCUUUCCGCUAACAAAAGGAAAACAUACAAUGCAGAAAGCUACUCCAGGCCUGAUAACAGAGUGGGUUACGAUACUGGAGACUGCUCGGAUGCCAUGAAUGGAGGCCGCAUGAAAAUUGGAGAUAAUAAUGGAUCAGGGCAGCUGACAAAGUUUUGCCAUGAGUGUGGCACCAAAUACCCAGUUCAGUCUGCCAAGUUCUGCUGCGAAUGUGGCGUCAGAAGAAUGGCUAUGUGAUAAUUUCCUUAUUUAUCCUAAAGGAAGCCAAACAUUACAGUAUAUCAACUAAAAAUGGGCUUACUGUGACUGCUUACCUUUAUGGUAUAUAAAUUACUGGACUUGCAUAACGACCAAGAGAUAACUCAGCCGAAGUUAAAAAAGUUAAUGACUUUAAAUUAAAAAAAAUACAUUUAUUAUCAUACUAGAAUAUUAAAAUUGGGCCUAAAAUUUUAAGAAAAAAUUAUCUUUAUCCACAUCGCACUAUAUUACCUUUAAGUAUCAGUUAAGUAUUCUUUAGUAUGAUGUGACAACAGCUUAAAGGGAACCUGUCACCGGGAUUUUGUGUAUAGAGCUGAG